UUUCAUUUUAUCAAAUAUAAGCUUUCCACAUUGUGUAUGUUCCUCAGGGGUUGCACUAAAAGCAUAAACAGUAAACAAAAUAGGGCCCCGCGCAUAGGGGGUUGCUGUGUGAGAUUUUGCUGUGCAAUAUAUUAUAUCCUCAAAACGCAUUACCUGCUUUGCCUGACCCGUAGCUAUGCCUCUGCCUAUCAUCCGUUAUUUCCACGACUUGAUCAAGUCAUUCUUCUAUAAACUUCAUUGCAUUUAGCCAUGCCCCUUGUAUUGAGCUCUUUUGGACUGCACAUUUGACUCACAUCAUGUUCUUUCAAUGAAAUCUUUAAAACGCACUCACCCUAUAGCUUGGUGACCCGAACAUUACAAUUAUUUUUUACAUUUACUACAAUACACUUAGAUACACAGCAUUUUUUUUUCCUGUGCGGGUACAACAUCAGACGUGCGCAGCUUAGAAGGAGCAGUGGGCGUAAGUCUUUUUGUAUGCUUUGGUGGUCAAAACUGAGGUUAUGUGGUCUUCAAGCAGAGAAGGCUUGUCGGCUUGCCUAUGAGGCAUUUGGGUUGUCUUUGGUAUUUGAGCUUAUUCUACAAGGAAUGUGGCUUCUUCAUUGGCAUUGGUUAAAGGUACUUGCUUGGAAGAUAUUGGCAUGAGGCUGGUCCUCUCCAAAUACUUUUGUCAGAUUUGUAGGUUCAUUCUACGGGACGAACGUAAAUCAUAUGUAUAUGGUUUUUUUUUUGUUUCUUUUUGCAUUUGGUUUGUAUGGUGCAUCAAUGUGUGCUUGCUACACAGGUUAAGUAAUUUGGCAGCAAAAGUUCAUAUGGUGUGAUGUUAUAUAAAUUGUUACCAUUUCACUCAGCAUUGAGUAGCAACAAAAGGGAACAUUACCUGAGUGAGAACGCUCAUGCCUCUUUGCAGAAACUCUGAGGUGAUGAUGCCAAGCAGAAACUUAGAAGAAGGUUAUGACGUAGCACCUCUGUGGCAUCGGUUUAGCACCAUCAGCCAAUGAAUUGGUGUAAUUCUAUGGGACUUCAGACCAUGUGACCACUGGUUUCCAUCACACAAGUGUCUCAUUAACACUUAGGGAACUAGGGUUACAUAGUAACCAAGACAUUUCUCAGCUUCCUCAUUCCAAUCCAAUUCAAUAAAGGAUUUUGAUUCAGUAGGUUUUCGGUGUGUGAGGCUACCCACAACAAAAUGUCUCUCACUGUUUGACAGAAACUCAGAUGAAUAUGCAAGAAACUGUAUUUUUCUUUUGCACACCUGGUUAGAACAUUUCAGUUACUUGGUUAUUAUUCACACCAAACUUCAGUUAUGUAACACAAUGCAGUCAGAUGUGUUCUAUGGUCAGAACACACCUAUAAAGAAAUUACCAGUAAAUAUGUCUAAAAGCAACACUAAUCACCACAAUGGUGACUUCUAAUGAAACAGCUAUGCUCAUGAUUAUUCCACAAUGCAACGUAAUAAAUUUGAAAAUUUGUUGUUAUGCCAGAAAAUGACCUAGUGAUUUCACGGUAUAAUGUAGUUUAUUUAUGAUCAGAAAGUCUUCUAAAAUCCUGGUCAUUGUUUACAGUCUAAUGAUGUGCUUGAAACCAGAGCAUAUAUCACUAUCUAUCUACAUACUUAUCACGUAUGUAAAUGCAUAUGCUCAGAGCUGAGAGUGUGUGUUCGAGAGCGAUAGGAUGAGUAGGAGUGUGUGUAAUUACCCGUCUGUUACUGCAUGUGUGUGUGUUUAUCCCUUUCACAGUGAGUAAGGCGAGUGGGCGACAGCAGCAACUGGUCUGCCUGUGUGUUGUUGCACAGCAGACAUGCCUCACACUGCACGAUAUUACUCAUUUCCUUAGCCUUGUGUACAUGCACACACACACGCACAAACUCUCACACUUUUUCACAGUCAGCCUCGCAGCCCUUUCGACAUGGUGUGACACCACAAUUUGCCUGUAGAUUUGCACACACCGUUGCCUUAGUGGUGUGUCUGUGUGUGUGUGUGUGUGUGUGUGUGGAAGAGAUGCAGGUGUGAUGGACUGCAGGAGUAAGUGGCGUCACACGGAUAUCUGCUCAGCACACCCCAUCAAGGUCAGUCGCAUCAGGUGAGUGGGAGUUCUGAACGUGGCCGUGUGUGACACGUUGCGUGCGUGAUGCUGAUCAGCAGAAGAAAAUGUCUCUCUCCUAGCCCCUUGUUUUCCCCAGCCCAUGUAACCUAGUGUGGCCCAGAAGGCCCGGGGGAUUGUCCCAUGAAUCCAAGCCCAGACCGCAGCAAGGAGUGUCUCCCCCCAAAAAAGCGGGAGUCCCGACAGGGCUCGUCAGAUCAACAAGCCCCAGAGGAUGACUUCAAACCCCCUGCCCCUUUCCGAAGCCGAAGGCAGCAUCACUCCACCGAGGGUCACAGAGAGAGUGGGGAUCUUCUACCACCCCCUCCCCCCAUGCUGCCACCUCUUCCUCUGUCGUUGCCUUGGCAGGUGUCCUAUACCCCCUCCAUGCAUCACUCGUACUUGCCGGUCCAGGUGGGAGAGCGGCGAGGGUCAUCUUCGGCAUCCUGGAGAGAGCCAUUGUGUGGGCGGGGUAUGGAUGGAGGACUGGAGCAUACCAUUCCCCACCACUCUCGCUGGCUGAGCAGUGACAUCCCCCCCAUUAGUGUUCAACCACUCAUCUCUGUGCCCACGUUCAAGAGUGUCUACACAGCCGAGUCCAGGGAAAUGUGGUCCUACGGCCCCAGUCGGCGGGACUAUAGCUCAUCUCUCUUCUCCCCCCAUCUCUUUCCACAACCUACAGUUUAUCCCCAUGACACCCUCCCUGACAGCAGACUCAGGUACCAAGGCAGACGGCCCAAUGGUGUUGAUAGCCCAGACAGCAGGUCUGGACCUAGCAGAAGGUUGCCCUCUUGUGAUGACUAUGGGAACGACAGUGUAACCAGAUUGGAUAGUCCACAUGCCAAUGGCAGGAGAAGACAGGAGAAUACAUCAAGACAGACCCUUGGAAGAGGCCUUCUGCCACGAGAGAACACAAGUUCACAUUCCUCAUCGUGGGACAGGGACCGUCGGGGAACACCCAAAGCUCCAAUGCCCCCCUCAUCAGACACAAAAACAGGAAAGGCAAUUACUUCUCAGGACCAUUUUGGUGUUAGUGCCUCUCAGGCUGGAGCUCAGAUCUACUAUGCUCUGGGGUCCCUUUGCCCUUCUGCUCAGCAGAACCCUCAUGCAUAUCCACAACUUAGUCCUUCUGUGUCCUGUUCCCCAAGGAAUUCCCAGUACUCCCUGCAAAGCCAACAAAACAGCCAUGGGGUUGAGACAGAAUGGGAUCCCUCUGCAGGGUCCUACCGCCCUCCUGUCGCUGUGCUCACUGGCCCUGACCCACCCCCUUCUGCAGUCCUACCUCAUUUUGCCAAAGGUUCCCUGAUUGAGCUGGCCGGUGGCCAUCUGAAGAGGGUGGAGGAGCUGAAGACGGAGGAUUUCUUACGCAGUGCUGACACCUUGCCUGAGUUUCACCUGAGCACCUGCACUAUUCUGUUAAUCUCGCCAGGACCCACUUAUGGCUUCAACCACUUGCAGGUCUUACUCACAGACCGCAACACUCAGGAGCUACUCACAGUCUUAGCAGAGUAUCCGUUUUUCGUCCGGGACCGCGGCUGGUCUUCCUGCAGUCCCCAGCGGAGCGCCCAGCUGUACGGCCUGCAGUGUCGUCAGCUCAGCACCGGUGACGUGUGUCUGGCCCUGACUCCCACACCUACUUCAAGCACUCAGGUGCAGCGUGCGCACAUACGUGCAGGGGCUGCGGUGGAGCAGUGCGAAGAGAUGGCAGAGAGGAUGCCCCCUCCGUCUGCACCUCCGUCUACCCCAGUGCUCCAGCCUUCUUCUUCUAAUUCGAUAAGCGAGAGACCCCGCACCCGCAAGAGACGCUGGUCCGCCCCUGAGCUGGAGCCAGGAAGCAAGACUAGCACCCAUUUACCUCAAGGCUCUAAGCUCGAGAGACGGCAGUAAUGUUUCUAAUCGACUUCACACCACAGGAAGGUUUAGCAACUGAUUAUUGGUGACCUCAUCGAUAUAGUGGAUUAGCUAGUAAAACUGGUCUUCUGUUAAAUAUGAUUUCAGAAUGUAGAACAACAUGCUAGCAAAUCCCAAAAUGCACAAUGAGACAAUCAAAAAUCACUUAUUUGUGAUGCCUCGCACCUUUUAGUUAUGCUAAUCUCAAGCCUCUUUCUGCAGGGUAUUUUUUUUAAUCAGUAUUAUAACAAACCAAUACUACUGGAUGGAAAAAAAGACAAAGUACACAAUUAUGGGAAUAUAUCAUAACAAGUGUUCUGUGAAUAUGCUAAAAGAAAUAGUCUACUGUUAUUUUCGUAAUGCAGUCUUGUUUCAUGCUUAUGAACUGCGUUCGUACCUUCAGUCUAGCAGGCAAGCUGAAUGUAUUAGCAGCCUUCAGCCAAGCUUUCAGUGUGGGGUCAAUAUGCUAGUUCACUUUAGCAUUAUACACUCCAGCCUGUUCUUACCCAGGGAAGAGACACUAAUGAUGGAAUGAAACCAAACUCACACAAGACCCUGGGCCUGGUGUUUUUAAAGAGAGAUGGUGCUAAUGACAUCAGAAAAGUCCUCUGGUGAUUUGUGGGUUUCCCUUUGACCUUUCCUUGUGACUGAGAGCAGGGAAAAAUGACAGAAAUCUAGUGUUUUGAACUCAGAUACGGGUAUAUCUACUCUUGAUUAAGCACACUCUAUCACUUUAUUUUUCUCUGAUUUAUUUUUUGUUGUUGUGGUUUCUCAAAUAAUAUUUGCUGUUAGUUUUUUUUUCUUUAUAAAUGUUCUAAAAUGCUCUAAAAUUGUAUAUUUUUAAAGUUGUGAGACUGUAAUACAAUGUUCGCUAGAAAUAAAAGAAUGGCUUUUUAGAUUUA